GGGAUUGAGGGCAGAGGCGGCCGGAGCUGACACACGGCUUUGGGAGAAGCGGCUGCUGUACACGGGCUCGCUAUCCACGCAGUCACCUCAACCGCAAUGACGUCCCCGUGGGACCGCUGGUAUUCUAGCAGCUGCUGCAUGUGUUGCCAUGUUCGGACCGGCACCAUCAUUCUGGGAGUCUGGUACAUGAUUAUCAAUGCAGUGGUACUACUUAUCUUACUCACAGCACUCAGUGACCCUAGCCAGUAUCGCCUAACAAGUGUGGAGUUGGGAAGUGAUUUUGACUUCAUGGAUGAUGCAAAUAUUUGCAUUGCUACAGCAAUUUCACUUCUAAUGAUACUUAUUUGUGGAAUGGCAACAUAUGGAGCAUACAAGCAACAUGCUGCCUGGAUCAUCCCAUUCUUCUGCUACCAGAUUUUUGACUUUGCACUGAACACCUUGGUUGCCUUUAGUGUUAUUGUUUAUCCCAAUACAAUUCAGGACUAUUUGGUGCAGUUGCCUAGCAAUUUUCCAUACAAAGAGGAGAUUAUGUCUAUGAAUCCAACAUGCUUAGUUAUGAUUGUUUUGCUCUUCAUUGGUGUAAUUCUAGCAUUUAAGGCCUACUUGAUCGGCUGUGUGUGGAACUGCUACAGAUAUAUUAAUGGAAGAGUAACCUCAGAUAUGCUGUUUUAUGUCACUACUAACGAUACUACUGUCCUGUUGCCUCCAUAUGACGAAGCUGUAACUAUCUCUUCCAAACAUCCACCACCUCCAUACAUGUCUGCUUAAAGAAAAUUCUUUAAACCACUAUAUUUCUUGAUAUUUUAUCAUGUCCAGCAGCCUGACAGAUCCUUUUAGGGGGAAACAAAGGAAUACUAUUUUCUCUCUUUUAAUGUUUAUGCAGGUUUGAAAUACAAUGCUAUUUGUUUGCAGUGUUGUCUUGGGUAUUUGCAACAGUUUAAUCUUUGCUCUGGGCAUAAUUUGAUUCCUAACUUCUAAAUUUUUAGAAAUUGGUUUUCAAACUCUUCUAUGAAAUCUGAUACAAAUACUAUAUAAUCUUCAGUUUAUGUGAAACAUUUCAAGAUGAUUACUGUCUCAAUGCACUUUACUGCUGAAAUGUUUUCCAGAGAUGCAGAUUCUUAUGCUUAAAGCUCAGGAAGGGAAACGUACUGCGGUCAUGUUGGCACAGUGAGAUUAAUGUAAACAUACAUUGUUAUGAUUUCAGACCCAUGCCUUUGGCCAGUAGGUUGUAUGUACUGCCUUCUUGCAUAUAUUGAGUGUUUGAAAUUUGGCACAUAGGGCAGUUAGCUGAAAACACAUCUAUCACUUGUUUUCAAGUUUUAUUCAGUGCACCUUGGUGAUUGCCAUUAAAUA